CUCUGUUUCCGUCUCUGGAUGUCCUGGUUCUUCAGUGUCAGUUUGGGAAGAAGCAAAAGAGAAGAACCCCGCAGGAUGGUUUCCUACAGAGGACAACACGGAGACACAAAGAGACGAGUACCCUCUUUCACCCAUGGUGGCAAAUUACACCCUUCCCUACAGCAACAACUAAAUGAAGGAAACCAGCUGUAAGAACUCACCACCAUGUCCUCUAAGGAGGAGACUUCUUGGAAUUCCUCGCCCCCCCCUUUGUCGGCAUUGUCCUGCUCAUCCUCCUCCUCCUCCUCCUCCUCAUCAUCAUCAUCAUCACCUCCCUCCGCCUCUCACUUCAUUGGAAAGAAAGAGGACAUCGUCAAGGCUGGGCGGGUGACCAAGCUUGUGAAUGGAUGCAGAGAUGUACUGGUCCUGUUCCACCAGGGGCAACUUCAUGCUCUGGACAUGCACUGCUACCAUUCAGGUGGUGCGUUGCAGCAUGGAGACAUUGAGGAGUUUAAUGGGCGACUGUGCAUUGUGUGUCCGUGGCACAAGUACAAGAUCACACUGGCAGAAGGGGAAGGGCUGUACCAGGCUGUGGACGAUCCUACAGUCAAACCCCUGAGAACAUGUUGGCGAUCCAAGGGUGUCAAACAGAGGAUUCACAAGGUCACAGAAGUCAACGGGGAUGUAUACGUAACACUUGAUGACUCCAUCGAGGCCAUUGAGUCAGACAUCUACCAGACUGAGAGAUACAGGACUGUCUUAUUAAAGGCCAAGCCAAAACCUAAGCCCAAGAACUAGUCAGAUACUGAAAUUUGAUUAUACAACCAAAAAUACCUGUUUUAAUCUGGGAAGAUUUGUUUCACUCUGAAACAUCAAAAAAGCUUCAAGAAGAGGAUGUGUUUUAUUUUAAUGUGGACACAGGGGUUCAUUAUCUUGCUUAAGAAAGGCAGACUGGAGGAGCCCAGGAUCGAACCAAUCACACUCUGGGUAGUGGUCGACCCACCUCUUGAGCUGCAGCCCUCCAUACACUGCAGACAGUGAUCAAAUCUGUAAUGUUUCAUUUAGAAAAGUCUGGCAUUCAUGAUUUAAAUGGAAUAUUGGGAUUACAUUGAUUCAAUAAUGUUGAAAUCUGUUGUUUAUUUUUGAUAUAAAUUAUUUGUUUAUGUCACCGCAAGUUUUUCUUAUAUGGUUGAUGUCCUGAUCAGAUUUUGUCAUAAAUCCCAAUAAUCGUUUUAUAUUAAAGUUCUCUGUUAGUACUUAUCUUGAUUAAUGUCUUUCAUAUUAACUUGUGUGUUGUUGAGCAUUGAUGUGCUUGUUUGUAGCUGGUUAACAUUAUGAUUUCCUGCUCUUCACUCUCACAUGUCAUUGUUAGUUGAAUUCCUUUGGGUUUGUAGCUAUUGACAGAACAAACAACUUGAAGACCCUGCUUUAGGAACUGGUUAAUAAUGAUCAAUAUUUUAACAAUUAUUGUAUUGAGGACAAAUAUAUGUACA